GUGAAAAUGCCCGUUGAAUCGGAACAGCUACAACUGCAGGCUGUGGUUGUUUGCGAAUCCUUUUCGAAAUCAGACGACAACCAAUUUGAGCUCAGUAGCAUGUUUCAAACUGAAAAAGAAUCCCAAUUAAAUAUUACAAUAGCCGGGAAAUCAAUUCUUCAAUUACUAAUUGAAAGACUUGCUUCAAAUGGAGUUACUCAAGUUUUUCUGUGUUACGCUCAGAAAUCAAUUCAUGAAAAUUGUCUGAAAAAAAUGAUAGAAAUUUUGGAGGGUAAAGUGCAAGCAGAAUUAGUACACUCUAACAAGUUUCUAUCGCUUGGCGAUAUAAUUCGCGAUUUGGAGGCGCGAGGGAAACUGAAAGAUCAUUUUUUGAUAGCUGAUUAUGACGUAAUCACUAAUAUCGAUAUUCGCGAUGCGAUCGAUCAGCAUAGAAAGAGGUAUAAAAAGAAUAAAUUAAGUGUCAUGACAGCUAUUUUACCCACAAGUCUGCCACCGACGAACCCGAUUGUGGCUUCAGCUCUGCAAACGUUUAAUGUGGGAUUGGAGCCGGCAACCAAUCAGAUCGUCUGGUUUUCCAGCCAAUCAGGACCGAGUAAGAUGUCGAUCGACCUGAGUGUGCUGAAUAGCUUCAGUGAGAUGACCCUUAUCACGAAUCUUUAUGAUAGCGGACUCUGGAUUUGUUCGCCCGAUGUGGCGCACCUAUUCGAAGACAACUUCGACUUCCAAGACAUGACCCAAUUUGUACGUGGCGUACUGGACAACGAAGAAAUAAUGGGGCAAGUUAUUCACGCGCACUCAAUUGAACCGAACGAGUUCAUAUCACACGCAUUACAAUCGUUUUCUCAGCUUCAAAUAAUAUCAACGAUGUUACUGCAAAGAAAUAUCUACCCUUUGGUGCCAGAAAUUAUUGACAAAAAGUUCUCUUUACAGCCAAAUGGGGGAACGUAUAUUCAUCAGAACUCAAAAGUUGAAAGGUCAACUUCAUUUUUUUCCCAAACGAUAAUCGGGAAAUAUUCCUCUGUUGGAAAAGGAAGCUCUCUAAAGUUUUCAACUAUAGGAGAAAAUUGCAAAAUUGGACAGAAUGUUUGUCUUUUUCGAUGUUUUAUCAGAGAUGGAGUUGUAAUUGAGGACAGCUGCUUUUUACAGAACUGUUUCAUUAGCAGUAAUUCGAUUAUCAAAGAGAACUCAAAAAUUAAGUCAGGUUUGUGUUUUAUUGGUCAAAACUGUUGCAUUGGACCAAAAUGUGAACUUAGUUCGAGCAAGAUUCUAAUUUCUUCGAAAAAUUUCGAAAACAGUUUAGAAUGUACAGGAAAUGAAAUGUUCGGCCCGGAAGCUAUUGGUUAUUUCUAUGAAAUGAAUAUAAAAGAGCUUAACGAACGCCAGUAUGCAAACCUACUGAACUACGAAGAUCUCUCUAAAUUUAUCAGGCUGGUUGAAAACGAUGACGACAUAUCGAAUGUUCUAGAAUCUAGUGGAGCAUUCUCAGAUUCAGAUGUUGACGAUAUAGCUGAUGACGUAGGUCAAAUGGGAGUUUUAGAUUAUCACGAAGUGUUUGUAUCGGAAGUUCAAGAUAGUAUAGAGCGAAAUGCUAAUGAAGGUCUUUCUAACAUUGAAGAUUUGAUCCUAGAAAUAAACUCAUCCAAGUUUGCGUACAAUACAUCUCUAACAGAUGUAGUACAGUGUGUAACGGAGACUGUUUUGAACUUGAAUAACAAACCUUCUCUUCUGGAGAGAAAAGAGUGGUUGGCAAAUGCACAGAAAAAUGUGAACCGCUUCAAGAAGUUGCUGGUUCAUUAUUGCAACGUGCAAGCUAGUCAAUUGACAGCAGUUUUGACUAUUGAAAGAAUGUUCAACGAGAACCCCCACCUCGUCCCCCUCAGUCCCAACCUGUUCCUGUUCCUCUACGAGAAUGACGUCAUAGCAGAGGAGACCUUCAUCCAGUGGAGUCACUCGGAUCCCUACGACAGUCCAGAAGCUGAAUGGUUCGAUAAGAGCGCGACUAGAGGGAAGUGUAAAGAGUUUAUAGAAUUCAUGUUGCAAGAUGAUGACGAAGAUGAAGAUUGAUGAUUAUGAUGACAAUUAUAAUUACAGAUCAAAAACUUUAAAAUUAAGGUUAAAAAAUUUUAUUUAAUAGUGAAUGUUUUCUCAAGGGGCUUAAGCCAUGGCAUGAGAAAUGCGAAUUUUGUAAGAUUUGUUGAAGAACAGUAAGUGGCACAUGGGUGCAUUACUAUUAUGUUAAAGACAAUUUCGACAACGCGUUUCAAAGAAUGUCUGAUUGAAGUUAAUGUAGUUU